GUUUAGAUUAAUUCUGUACAGAAAAAAAAGGCAGAAUACGUAGGAAACUAAUUGGAGAAAAACACUGUUUAAUUAUUAAAUAGUAACAAGAAAAAAAGAGAAUCUUAUCAGACGAUAUAGUUAAAUAGAUUAACUCAUUGAAUGAAUGUUCUUUUGUUAUUAGUUCUCCAUUUUUUAGUUCACAUGGUAAACCCAUAAAUAACUAUAGCUCUUGUUACUAUGAUCAAAUCAUCUACUCCUGUAAGUACUAUUUCCUCGGUGGACACAAAUAAUCAAGUGGGAAAACUCAUUCGGGCAUACCCAGCCAUUCCUAUCCAUUCCAAUAUAUUCCUAGCUAUUCUAAAAUUUUCUCACCUAGGGAUGGACCAUUUUUCUAAAUGAGACUUUGAAGUAGUGUCAGUUAACACAAAACUUCAGAUGUUUUUUUCUUUUUAACACUUCACAUUUGGAAUUUAUUGCUAAUUGAUGAUAUUGAACUUAAUGUUAAAUUAAUGUAAAUGGUCCACCCCUACUCUCAUGUAGUGUUAUUUUUCAUAAAUUACUGUAUCUGUCUUUAGAACCUUGACAUUUUCUAACGGUUAUAGCUUUUCAUUGAUUGAAAACUACGCAUUAUCCGAAUUCAAGUACAUAAAUAAUAUAGAUGAAAUGAAAAAAAAUCAUUUGAGAUGUGGAGUAUUUUUACUCUAAACGUACAGCAGGGAUUUGAUCUCUAGGUCCAGAAAAACAUUGUGUUUUUCUUGAGCAAAGUGAUUGUAUCUUUUAGAUGAUCAAUCACUUAAGUCAUUGAAAGUCUUGCUCUCAUCUAACCUUGGCAGCCUGCGAUAUCCGUGAUUCGGAAUUAUUCUAAAUCAUCCCCAUUUGUACAUACUGAAUGAUUAUUUUGUUAUAAUAUUCAAGUAACUUUCAAGGAUAAGAAAAAUCAUAUUAAGCAGACUAGUUACAUAAAUGUUUUACAUUCAAUUUGAUUUCAAUAGUAUUCAGUUAAUUCGGAAAAAAAAGAUACAUUUAGUAGUAGUAGCAUUUAAAUAGUCACCUAGUUGAGCGACCAGUCGAAUUCUUUACUAUCUGUUUUCCUUUAUGCUUCGAAUCAAUUUUCUAAACACUUUAUCUAUUUUGCUCUUUACAAUAACUAAUAUAUCUAUGUAUGCAUAUUAAAUCGAAAAAGUACACUUUUGUGAAGGUACUGACUAUAGUGAGUUUUCCAAGGUGAAUCCUACGGAUUCCAAUGAAUUUUUGUCUAUGAUACUGCACGAUGCUAAAGUAAAAACAUGAAAAGAUUUUGAAUGCAUAGCACUUUCUUGAAAAAUUACGCUUAUUUUUCAGAUUUUCUUUCUUUUUGAGUUACUAGAAAGUGAAAUAAUCGGAUUUUGCUCAGAAAUUUUGUUAAUACAUAGGCCGACUGAACACUAAGACACCAUGAAAAUUUUAGCAAUAACAAUUGUGUUCUUCGAUAUAUACUCACUUUUUGAAGGAAUAUAUUUAAAAGAACAUAUUUAUUAUUGCUAAAAGUUUCAUAGUGUUUAGUCUAUCGCUUUAUUAACAAAUUUUCGAAUCAAAAUUUGUUUAUUUCACUUUCUGAUAACUCAAAAAAAAAGGAAAACGAUUAUACUAUUUUCAACAGGCUCGGAAUGAGUUUUUUUCCUUGAAUAUAUCACUCGCGGAAGGCCAAUGCCUACGUGCUAAAUUACCCGAUACUGCUAAUGUUGCUAUUCAAAUUGGUGGUACACAAGUUCAUGAACGAUAUGCAACUAAACAAAAUGAUUUCGAUGAAAAAAAAGUUUUGUAUAGAGGUAUUGACGAUGAUAUUCAAAUGAGUGAAUUUGCUUUACAAAAAAACGUUCCUUUGGAAGUUGCUCACCUAGAUUUACUUGCUACAGCUGGACCACGAACAAUACAUGUUUAUGAUAAACUAUGUGUAGCCGUUCUUUCAACUGAUAGUGGGAAAACUCGUGAUACUAUUUCGAGAAUUUAUUCUAAUGAAACAUCGGUUAUUCAAACAUUACAAUCUUAUCAUCCAAUAAUUCAUGUGCAAUUUAAUCAACUCAUCAUUAACUAUCAUGAUCCACGACCUGAAUAUAUCCGUGUCAUUAUUGUUGAAUGGUCAAUAAAAUUCUCAAUUUUCAUAGCACGCACUGUUUCACCAGAUAAUCAAUAUAGUUCACGUUUACUCAACGCUCGACGCUGUGAAAAUUUCGAUGAUUAG